ACGAACUUUGCCCGCCGCAAUUCUUCUUCCCGCUGCAAAUCUACGAUUUUCGAAUUCGACACCCUCGCCGCACCUCAGACCGUCCCGCCCCCCGCGCGCGACUAGAAGAAUCGCAAAAAUGCCUUCCGACGGAAACCUCAACGGCCCGUCCAAAAACCGCCUGGCCGCGCGCCGGUCCAAGGGCAAGGCGGACCGUCGCAAGCGCGCCCAGAUGCCAAAGGACAAGAUCGCCAAAGCCGAUACCACUCGCGGAGCCCGACCGGGCAUGAUGCCGACCAGCGGACCUCGGGCGAAGUUGAGCUCCAAGAAGGCCAAGAAGUUGGAGAAGAAGAUGGGCUAUGCGCUGAAGAGGAAGAUGGAGGCCGACGGAGAGGCCGAGAUGAAGGAUGCGCCUGCAGAGGAUGGAGAGAAGGUCGAGGAGGUUGUUAUGGAGAUCCAGUGAGCGGCAUUGUUGGGCGAUACGGAUAUGGUGCAGAGAUUGCACCGUAGGUCUAUGGACUGCACGGAUUUUCGACGUCCACGGGCUUUGAUGAUACCACGCGAGGUUGGCCAAGCUGCAAGCAGAAGGACGGGAUCAAGUACUGACGUACAAUAAGGCUAUACUUUGAACGACACUUGCUUUACGAAGACGCUACAUGGGACGGAAUUAGCCGGCAUAUCAUAAGGAUAGACAAAAUGAAUUUUGAGUUUCUACACUAAGGAAGGGCCUUGGUCUUCUAUCUCUUGUUCGUCCGGGAGUUUGAACCUGUCAAGGCAUUCCAUAUCAUUCCCCAACUCCUCGGUUGUGAGGGACUGUUAGGUAGCCUCUGACGUAGACUGAUAUUGCACUCCAUUUUGCAUUGUAACGUCGUCCGCCUCUCGCGUAGGAAUAGGCCUGAC